GCCUUGAGACGGGAGUUUCCUUUAUAGCCACCGCCCACACCGCUGCUUCAUUGUUCAUUCAUCUUUAUUCCAAUACCAUUCUCAAUCUCUCCAUCGCUCCUAUCAUCCAUGGCUUCAGAGCCUGACGUCCAUCGAGCAAUCUCGUUGAAACCGAGCCCGUUCCAUAGCCCGCACUCGUCGCGGGAGCGUACUUCGAGUCCCCACCCCGCCGCCACCUCCGAGACGGCCCUCCCGCUCCCCACAUCCACAACAACACCACACUCGCGCUCCCAUUCACGCUCACGCAAGGACGGUGCUAGCACCGCUGUCGAGACUUCUUCUGCAUCCGAGGAUCACGAUCCCGUCGCACGCCAUGUCUCCUCUUCUUCUCGCGAGACCUACGAUGUCGAGCGACAGACGCCGCCUCAAUACACUGCCGACAACGACCCAUAUCAGCUCGCUUCCCGGCUGAAGCCCCAGAACGAACUCGCUCAAAUCCGCGCGAACACGUCACGGAAACGCGAUGGCUUCGGCCCAAUUGCAUUGAACGAGAAGGCGCGGAAGGCCCGCAACCUCGAGGAAUUCUACGAGACACAGAAUGAGAACAUUGAGCGACUGCUGAAGCCAGUCGACGACCACAGGCGGGAUGCGAAGGAAGAGGAGGGCGCAAACCAUCUAAAGUAUCGUAUCGCCGUCAUCGGCAGCUUUGCCGCGAAUGUCAUCCUGGCCGUCCUCCAGCUCUAUGCCGCGAUAUCAUCCAAGUCGCUCUCUCUGUUCACCACCAUGGCCGACUCGCUGUUCGAUCCGCUCUCCAAUCUCACGCUCAUCCUCUGCGCCCGCGCCGUCAAGCGCGUCGACAGCCGCAAAUUCCCCUCCGGCAAGGCGCGCAUCGAGACAGCGGGAAACAUCUUCUUCUGCUUCCUCAUGAUCACUGUGUCUGUUGUCAUCAUCGUCGAGUCCAUCCGCGAGUUCGCCGAGCAUCGAGCUACUGACCCCGACACCAACGCUUUCUUCCUCCCGUCGGUCAUCGCAGUCUGCAUUGCGUUCGCGACCAAGUUCGCGCUCUUCCUGUACUGCUGGGCGAUCCGCAACAAGUACAGCCAGGUCCGGAUUCUGUGGGAGGACCACAGGAACGAUCUGUUCAUCAAUGGCUUCGGUAUCCUCACUAGCGUUGGCGGUGCGAAGAUCAAGUGGUUCAUCGAUCCGAUAGGCGCUGUUCUUCUGUCCGUUUUGAUCAUCUUCCUAUGGUCGCGGACCGCAUACUCCGAGUUUCAGCUUUUGAUUGGCGUGAGCGCCGACACGCACAUGCUGCAGCUCAUCACCUACAUCUCGAUGACGCACUCACCCUCCGUCCACCAGAUCGACACGGUGCGCGCAUACCACUCCGGACCCCGCCUCAUCGUCGAGGUCGACAUCGUCAUGGAUCCCGAAGCCACGCUGCGCGCCACGCACGACAUCGCCGAGGAGCUGCAGAUCAAGCUGGAGAGCCUGCCGAACGUCGAGCGCGCGUACGUGCAUGUCGACUACGAGACCGACCACGCGCCGGAGCACUUCUUGAAGAAGGAGUUGUAGGUUGGCGUGGGUGGCAUCAGAUGAUGAGUGACGAGUUGGAGAAGUUGGGUGGUAGCAUUUACUUUGGCUCUUCGUUGAUUCUUCGCGAAAGCAGAAAUUCGAGAGAACGUGAUCCGGGGCACUUUGUCGUAUGGAUAGCAUCUAGAUAUCACAAUGAACCCGUGACUGAUACCCAGCCUCGUAACGCU